AUGGCGCGACCCGGACGCCUUCUGCUGGUUGCGGCGGCUUUGCUCCUUGGCCUCCGCUAUUGCUUCGUGCCGAGCCCGGAGCAGCAGCCACAGGCUCGAGGCAGCGACUUCAAUCCGGCUGUGGCCGCUUCUGCGGCUCUGCCGGCCCUGACGAUGCUCGCUGACGACGCGGAGGCGAAGUACGGAGAUCAGCGCAAGUUCGCGGCAGUGCUGGUGCCUUUGACCACCCUGGUCUUCCCUGCCGUUGCCAUGGGCAUGUUCGUCCUGUAUUCUUUUCAGGAGGAUGCCUUCUGGCGAGUGGUCCCAGGCACCAAGCGGGCUAAGGAGCUCGAAGAAGCUUGGAGGGAACAUCCGCUCUUCGCCAACUCGAAGGACCCUCUCGACGGACUGAUCAACCCUGACGACUACGAGAAGGGCCUGGAGGAGGCGUGGGAGCGCGCCAAGCCGGCUGGCAGCACCGUGACCGUCAAGGACAAGCUGAAGCAGAUGUCAAAGCAGAACAACCCGCACUGGGAGUCUUGGAGGCAGAUCUCUGCCUAG